AAGCGAGAUGAACAAGAGGAAGAGAAAGAGGAGAAGAAGAGGGAGAGGAAGAGGAGGAAGAAGAAAGGAAGAAAAGUUCUACGAAGAAAAAUAUGGGCGCAAAGAGAAAAGAUACAUGGCAGAUUUUUCAAUGUAAAUCGUUCAAAGAUCCGCUCCCGUUUCCUCAAAAGAGAGAAAAAAGAAAAAAUAAUGAAAAGUAAAAAAUAAGUAAGAAAAAGAAGGCGUAAACUCGACGAUCGGCGGUGUAAACAUAUUUUCGUAAGAAUUAUUGUUAUAUAGAAACUUAGCGUUACGUACUGAAUGAGACCCAGACCACUUUUCGGAUUUAGCAUGUAAAUACUUAACUAUCGUAACGUAAUUUUUAGCGGAUUCAUUCGUUUCUUUGCUCCUUUCGAAUCCGACGUCUCACAUUACCCGGAUGGUAUUGCUCGAUUGAAAAAAAAACGAAUUAUAAACUUACAUUAGAGGAAAUAACGAUAAAAAGACGUAACGUGUCGUUUUUCGUCGACGUUCCUUACCAAACAAAAUGGCGUCACUUAGCUCUCACCUUCGUGUCUCUUCGUUCGACGAGACCAUUUUGGUAGCUCGCGAUCGACCAGAUAAUUGUCACUAUUUUACGAAAAUGGGAAGGAGAGCGUCUAUAAAAGGGAAAUACCGUGCACAAAAGAACGACGAGCAAGAGCUUGCACGACUUCCUUCUCGUCGAUCGAUUGGCGAUCUUUUGGAACCGAACACGCAAUCGUUCUUCGCUCCAAAUUUCUCCCGAAACGACACACAUAAAGAAAACUUUAACGACUAUUUAUCGCUUAUUUUACUUUUCCAGCCGCCACGAAAUAUUCGAAUCGUCGUAAAUAAAAUUGAAUUUCGCGAUUUCUCUUUGUUAGUUGAACUUUCCGACGUUUCUACCUAUAUAACCUAGAAGCGAAGAAACGAUGCACGCGAUUGGUCGAUCGUCGUCGCGCGAACCAAAGCUCUGCUCGUUCGAAUCUUCGAUCGGCAAACAGAGAAAUCGAUAUUUCUCUUGUUAUUCCUUUGAAUUCCAAUCGAAAGCGAUAAAAGGAAGCACGAGAGAGAGAAAGAGAAAAAGGAUUACGUAUAUUAGAAAUCGAGAUUCACUCUUCUUGUCGGUUGCUCGUCAAAAGUGACGAUAAGUGCCACAUACACUCGAUCAUCAUUUUACUUUGUAUUUUCGAUUACGUUUGCGUGCGUGUAAUUUUGUCCGAAUUGCACGAAUAUUAUAAUUAUAAUAAUUAUAAUAAAAAUAAUAAUAAUAAUAAUAAUAAUAAAAAUAAUAAUUAUAAUAAUAAUAAUAAUAAUAAUAAUAAUAAUAAUAAUAAUAAUAAUAAUAAUAAUAAUAAUAAUAAUAAUAAUAAUAAUAAUAAUAAUAAUAAUAAUAACGGAUAAAAGACGAAAAUACGAAGAGACCGAGUGGGCAGCAUUUUGCUGACUAGAGAAAAACUAACACAGAAAUUGUUGUUGUUGAUGUUGUUGUCAAAAAUGUGUCAAAUUAAAAUAUAAGGAUUUCAAACAUCUUAUGUUUGGGUAAUCGCAGAUUAACCCUUUCCAAUCGAAAUUCGAUGAAAAAUAUGCUUUUCGAAAAGAACCAUCGUUGAGCGUUUCACGUGGAAAAAUUAUUGCGAUGCACUGUUUAAAACUUACUGUUUUUAUUUAUAAAGUAAUUACCUCUCUUUUCAAUUACGGUCGAUCUAAGUAUUUUGUAUUUUACAUUACUUACACGAUAUUCGAGUUGACGCAAGAGAGAGAGAGAGAGAGGGGGGGGGGGGGAGAGAGAGAGAGAGAGAGAGAGAGAGAGAGAGA